CCAUCUCUACCCAUUUCCCUCACUUCCUUAUACAAACUCUGCAACUAAACUCCAUUAACAGACAUCCUUUCUUUCACAUGCAAACCUCCUACAUUCUACUGACCAGACAAAAGCAGAAACUUUUUCCAUAGAUUACAAAUAUAUAUAUAUAUAUAAACAUAUUAAUUUAGAGAGAAAUGGGUGUUUUAUUUUUAUCACUUGGUCUCUUUCUUGCCAUUAUCUCCGCCAGCGUCAGUUCUUCCUCGGAGGCUGACCGGGAAGCCUUACUAGCUUUCAAGUCUUCAUUAAACGAGCCAUAUUUGGGCAUCUUUAAUACUUGGACAGGCACUAACUACUGCUCCGGCUGGUAUGGCGUCAACUGCGACCCAACCACCGGCAGAGUCGCCGACAUCAACCUACGCGGUGAAUCGGAAGACCCCAUUUUUGAAAAGGCCGGCAGGUCCGGUUACAUGACCGGUUCCAUCAACCCUUCAAUAUGUAAGCUUGAUGGUCUUUCUACUCUAAUUAUUGCAGACUGGAAAGGUAUAUCCGGUGAGAUUCCGGCUUGUGUAGCUACUUUGAGCUCACUUCGAAUUCUUGAUCUUGUCGGAAAUAAAAUCUCCGGCAAGAUCCCGGCGGAUAUUGGGAACCUUCAAAGACUCACUGUGUUGAAUCUUGCUGACAAUGAGAUCUGGGGAGCUAUUCCUGCUUCCCUAACUAAGUUGGCUAAUCUAAAGCAUUUGGAUUUAAGCAACAAUAAAGUUUCCGGCAAGUUACCGGCCGAUUUUGGUAACUUGAAAAUGUUGAGUAGGGCAUUGUUGAACCGGAACCAGCUUACCGGAUCAAUACCAAGUUCUAUAGCCAAUAUGAAUCUCCUUGCUGACCUGGACUUGUCCAUGAACCAGAUUUCAGGUUGGUUACCUUCAUGGUUAGGAAACAUGCGGGUUCUUUCUACACUCAACUUGGAUAGUAACAUGAUUUCAGGCGAAAUACCGGCAUCUUUGUUGAGCAGUACCGGUUUGGGUAUCUUAAAUCUAAGCCGAAAUUCUAUUGAAGGCAAUGUACCAAAUGUUUUCGGGCCGAAAUCUUAUUUCAUGGCUCUUGAUUUAUCGUAUAACAAUUUAAAAGGUCCGAUACCCGGUUCCAUAUCGUCGGCAAAGUAUAUCGGGCACUUGGAUUUUAGCCAUAACCAUCUAUGUGGGCCCAUUCCUGUUGGAUCACCGUUUGAUCGUCUUGAAGAGUCCUCUUUUAGCAACAAUGAUUGUCUUUGCGGUAACCCACUGAAGACCUGUUAAUGUGCAUCGGACGAUGAAUGUUAAAAAAGCAAGCGCCCGAAAUACCGGGUGAUUAUUGUGUCUAAGAAUUAAUGUCAUUAAUUAUCGUAAAAGUGAGUGAUUUGUUGGAUUUGUAGAGUUGAUUAAUGUAAUGUUUAAGAAAAAAAAUAUAUCUAAUGAGUUUAAUUACAAGUUGAAAUGGACAAA